UGAAACCCCGGGGAAUUCAACAGCAGCGGCAACUAUUAUUCGUUCGAUCAUGUCAACGGUCAAGAUUACUUGACUGCACAUCUUACGCCACCGCCAUCUCCGAUUCUACCCCCAACAGCGAUGUAGACAAUCUGCAUCCCCAAUGUAUCAAUCCCCGUCCCUGCUUCCUGACUCCUGAGUUCCCGCUCGGAAGCAACUGUAGACGCUCGGCACCUGUUGGAGAGCGAGUGAAGGGCUAAGAUUAAGAAGAUGACGACGAUCCGCAGGUUUUGCUGCAACGAUCUCCUCCGUUUUGCUUCCGUCAAUCUCGACCAUCUCACUGAAACUUUUAACAUGUCCUUCUACAUGACCUACCUGGCAAGGUGGCCGGACUAUUUCCACGUUGCCGAAGGUCCUGGCAACCAAAUCAUGGGUUACAUUAUGGGGAAAGUGGAGGGGCAAGGAGAGUUUUGGCAUGGUCAUGUUACAGCAGUAACUGUUGCCCCUGAAUAUCGUCGGCAGCAGUUGGCCAAGAAACUGAUGAAUCUACUGGAAGACAUAAGUGACAAGAUUGACAAGGCUUACUUUGUGGAUCUCUUUGUGAGAGCAUCAAAUGCACCUGCCAUAAAGAUGUAUGAAAAGCUUGGCUAUGUGAUAUAUCGGCGAGUGCUACGCUACUAUUCUGGGGAAGAAGAUGGAUUAGAUAUGAGGAAGGCAUUAUCGCGUGAUACUGAAAAGAAGUCUAUCAUCCCUCUUAAACGGCCGAUCACUCCUGAUGAAUUAGAGUAUGACUAAAUCUGCUUUCUAAGGAACUAAAUUGCAUGAGCCGCUUUUUUUUUUUUUUUUUAAAUUAAAGGCAAGUGUGUAGGUUAUCCAUCUUACAUGUGCCUAACUGAUCUGAAUUUAUAACCUGUACCACAUUCGAAGCUUGAAGACGUAAAUGUGCUCUUUAGGAAGUUUUCCUAUAUGGCCUGAACAGGAUAACAGCAUCAUCGAUGCAUAUUAUGUUAUGUUUAGUACACAUGCAAGCUGGGAUAAGCAAAAGGAGAGGGAGAGACACAAAAAAUCAAUUUGGUAUGUUUGCUAGACAUGAAUGGGCUUCCUUAGUAAAGGCUUUCCAUCCUGAAGAUUUCUUUGCAGAUUUGUUGGAAAUGAAAAUUUUACAAUGAUAGGUGAAAUAUCCUGUGUUCCCUUGGCGGAAUAACUC